AUGUCUCGCCGCUCGCCUUCCCCGCCGCCCUUCACCGCCUCCCCCUUGACUGUCCCAGACAGCCCUUCCCCUCGUUCCCCCGAUGGUGCCCGCACGCCGCUGGCACCUGUGCUUCCUGCGCCUGCAAUUGAGCCAACGCCCGUCGAGUGCCCCACCGAUGCGCCGCAUUGCUGCCCUUCCCCGCCCUCUCCACCUCCUCGCGGCGAGGUUACACCGGAGUUCGCUGUGCCCCCCUUGGCUGCGUGUCCGGUCUGCCUGCAAGCCCCUGCCUCCCAACCCGAAGCCGAGGAUGCGGUCUUCCUGUGUUGCGCUGCGUUCACGCAUUUGUCCUGCCUCGUGCAGUGCGCACUGCGUCAUGGCAGCUGCCCCAACUGCCGAGCUGCUGUCGACCACUUGCCACGGGAGCCUUCAAUCGCCUCUCGAUGCCGGCAAUUGGGUAUCGACCUAGAACCCACAGUACCUGGGGCGCAUGACACGGCCGUCACCGCUGUCCGUGACUACUCCACCCGCACUUUCUCGCGAGCAGACGCCCCUGAACCGGCGGAGCCGCCCCACAUCCGUGCUGUCUGCUGCCGUCGCCUCGCAGGACCCGCCAUCGAUUUUGUUGAGCUGCCGGACGCUCGAAUGCAUUGGGCGCCAGUGCCGCAGCGGAGAUCGGACGGCAUUGGCGCUUGGCAGCCGUUGUGGCUUUGCAUGCGCUGCCAGAGCGAGCUCCAACUUGACCGCAUUAACUUGCCCGAACCGCGCCCGGCUUGCCCCCUCUGCGAUGUGCCGUUGCAUUGGGAGGUCGACAUGAGUCGCCGUCAAGAGCGAUGGGUGUGCGGACGCUGCCCCUUUGCGCACCUUCCACGGCCGCUAGCGCUGGGGCCUGCGACACGCCCGCCCGUGGACGAAGGCACCCUGGCCGGCAUUACCGACGCGCCCACGUCACGCGUAAGCAAUGUGCUUGCCGCGAAAGCCGGAGCCGGAGCCGAAGCCCCAUUUCGGAGGCCCCGGCCCCGGGCCACCGCGGCCGCAUGGACAUCGAGAAGGGCAAGGGCAAAGGCAAGCGCAGGGAGAAGGGCAAAGGCAAGGGCGGCGGGCCUCCACCACGCCGAAGCAGCCGCGACACAUCGACGACUGCAGUGGUGCGCGAGGUUGCAGCAGCAGCCGCUGAAGCCGCGGCCAGGGCAGUCCAAGAUCGUUUGUGAGGCAACGCAGGCGGCCUUUGCACUGCGACACGUCGCGGCCGUAGAGUUUUUUAACUAA